AUGAAAAUUAAAAAUAUAUGCAGAAAUAAUUGUAGAAAAACCAAUUGCCCAACGAGUUCUAGGAAAAACCUAUUUAAUAGUCUGUGGCAUUUCCAACAGAUUCUAGCUAAUAAACCCAAAGCAAUAUUAGACAGUAGCACUUAUACAGUGUCUUGUUAGUUCCCUGGAUUCAGCCUUGCAACUGAAUUGACUGAAAGUGCAGUCAUAUGCCCAUGUAGAGGAAGUUACAGGAGCAAGGCUAGCUUUUAACUGCACAACUAAAUGCAAUUGGAGAGCAACAAUCUCAAGGUGCAACAGGACAGCCCUCUCAAUGUGCUUCAACCUUGACCAGAGCAGAUGAAAGGAUAAUUCUAGUUCCAUGGCCACUCUUUCACAAUGCCUCCGCUGUGUGCUAACGAAAGGACCGUCUAUAACAAUUUUCCCAUAACAAUUUUCCCACGGAGUCCAAGGGGUGCAUUACACUGUCACAUCAUGCUAUAGCACACUAGGCCGCUACAUGGAGUUAACAGGACAUGGCCUCUAUUAGCUGAGCAUCUUGUGAUGCUUUACAAACACAGUAAUUUCACAAAGCCUCACAGCACCUAAGAGAAUGAGGGACCAUAACAAAAAUAAUACUACUAUGUUAGGGUGCAACAGCACCCUGUCAGAUUCUUCUGGGUCAACAUGUACAAAGUCUGUGAGAAAGACUGUGUCCAUCUGACGUGCACAAUAUCAUUGUGUGUCAGUCUGUAUCUGUCCAGCAUGCACAAUAUCACUGUGCCUAAGUCUGUCUGUCUAGCUUGCACAAAGUCAUUGUGUGUGUGACUGUGUACCUUAUAUGCACAAUGUCACUGUGUAUGAGAGACUAAUAGUGUGUGUCUGGUGGACAUGCACAGUGUCUUUGUGUGUGAGAGUGUCUGAUACACGAUAUGGGGUGGGCGUGUGUGUGUGUACACAAAAAUAACGGGUAGUCCUGCUGUAGCACCUUAGACACGUCAUAGAUGUAGGUCUGUGGGCCCGUGUCUGUCUGACACACGCAAAGACAGUGUGCCUGAGAGCAUGUUGGUGUUUCACACGCUGCCAUGCACGUCUCUGCCAAACGCUCCUAAAAUCUUGUUGUUCCCGUCUGAUGGAAAGACUCCCGUGGCCCCUUUAAGAGAACACUUCCGGGUCUGCGCCCGUGAUGUCAUUCCUCUCGGCCAAUGGCACACGGACAUUUCACUCGGGACCCAAUCCGAGUGGAGGGAAGGGGGGCUGGUUGCCAUGGGGACAGUCGCUAGGCCUAGGCCCCGGCUGGCCGGGAGAAGCAUGGAGGGGCUCCCCCGCGCGCAGCCGCGAGACCUGAGCGGGGGGCUGGAGAGCCUGCCCGUGUCGGUGUGGCCGCCGUCCGAGGAGCCUCCGACCUUCCAGUAUAGUCCAGAGCAUGUGGCAGGAGCAGGAGAAGAUACUGAUCCUUCUGAAAUCACCUUUCCUGGAUGUAAUUGUCUUGCUGCUUCCUGCAUGGCCAACACUUGUUCAUGUCUUCGCCAUGGUGAAAACUAUAACAGUUCAUGCAUCAAAUACAUAGGAAGUGAAGUGGACUAUACUAGGCCUAUUUUUGAAUGCAACACCAUGUGCCGUUGUGGCGAGUUGUGUCAAAACAGGGUAAUUCAGAGGGGCUUACAAUUCAGGCUUGAGGUGUUCAAGACUGUUAAGAAGGGUUGGGGUGUCCGCACACUAGAGUUCAUACCUAAAGGAAGAUUUGUAUGUGAAUAUGCUGGUGAAGUUCUUAACCUCAGUGAGGCACGUAGAAGAAUACAGGCACAGACACCACAAGAUUCAAACUAUAUUAUAGCAGUGAGGGAACACUUGUAUGAUGGACAGAUAAUAGAGACAUAUGUUGAUCCUAUGUAUAUAGGAAAUGUAGGCAGGUUCCUGAACCAUUCUUGUGAGCCAAAUUUAUUUAUGGUUCCUGUCCGCAUUGACUCACUGGUGCCUAAACUUGCACUUUUUGCUGCUGCUGCUAUCACUGCUGGAGAAGAACUUUUAUAUGAUUAUUCUGGAAGAUUUCUUAACAUACCACUAAUCAAAAGAGAGCAGGAUGUGUUGGAGGAAGAUGGUAUUAUGAAAAAACCCUGUUACUGUGGUGCUAAAUCAUGUGCUGGUUUUUUACCAUAUGAUAGCUCUCUGUCCUAUAAACCAGACAAACAAACUUUUGACAAAGUUUCUCAGGGAAACAGCUGUGCAUGAGGAUUCAAAAAAAUCGACAGCAGUAAAUAUAGCAUCUAUUCUCAGCUGUGCCUAGACAAAAAUGGAAUGAUUGCUUUGCCCCUCCAACCACAAAAUAACCACAGGGCCCCAGCCUCAUGCAGCAGCAAUCAUAGCAAGGAUAGAAGUUUAUUGACAAGAUGUGGGAGGGAAAAGUGGGAAAUGUGUCAGGACACAGCCCAUAACCUUAAAUUGCUUUAAGGGUUAAUACUUACUUAACAGGUGAAGGAGAAGUCAGAGAAGAGGCACUCAUGGUGCAAAAUAAACAGAAGCCAAGGCAGGUGAAAAGGGCUGCAUCCCACCAUGUUAGCUAGUAUAUGCCGGGGGGGGGGGGUUGAAUCUGUCUUCAGGAAAGGAAAUUGCAGUCUGCCUUACUACUUGGAUUUCUAGAGCCAGCCUUGGCCAAAAACCAAGGCUUUAGAGGUCCUGACAACGUCCUCAAAUAACAUACCGAAUAAUCUGUAUGCUCAACUUGAUUCAAAGUGGAUGAUACAAGAGAAGGUUAAACAGCUAAUCUUUUCCUGUUGAAACAAGGAAGCUUAGGUACCUUGCCACAGCUCAAAGGGCAGUUGAAGGUUUUGAUCUCAAACCUCUUUUAAGUGUAUAGUACAAGACAUAAAAACUGACUGAAUUUUAAUGACAGAUGCAGAAAAAAGGGUUUGGGGAGAUGAUUCAUUUAUCUAAGUCACUUCAGAAGUAAAGCUGGAAAAAAAAUCAAGAUGACAGGUGCACAUUAACCAUGACAUUUACAAAGGUGGUCCCAGCUUUUUAUUUUUAAUGUGUGCAGUUGUUAGACCCUGAAAACAAAAACAGCUUAAUACACCCAGCCUUGCUGGUUCUGGAACCUUUUUGAAAAUUGGGUGUCACUUUUUUUUUAAUUCAGUGCUGUAGCUGAGCCCCUGCUAUUUCAGACUUUUCUGUAAAAAUAUUAUGUAAAAUUCAUUUCCUUCUCCCCCAACUUUUGCCAGCUUCUCCUAUUCACCUUUGUUGACUGUUGCUGGCUAAGAAGCUAAUUCUAUGAACAACUGACAUUGCAUUUUCUCCUGUUAUCAUUCAACUUUUUUCUCAACUGACUCUGGCAUAGGCUCUGUUAGGCACAAGAGGGCACCAGUGUAGCUGCAGAGUCUUUCCUAUGAAACAGCACACAUUACCUCAGUGAUGCUUCUCCAACUGGUGUUGGCAAAAUAAUUGAGGGAGUGGGCAGAAAAGCCUAACUCCGCUCUGUGAAGUAACACAAUACACUACCUGUGUGUCUGGCAAAACAGACUGAAGUGGUAGAUGCUAAUAUACAACACCUUUAUGAAAAAGCAUCUGUUCAACAGAUGGUAGAGAGAAGGUUAUUUUUUUUCCUAAUAUUUGUCCUUUCUACCAUUUUUAUGCAGUCAGAUGUUUUAUUGUUAGCUUGUUUUUGCCUCUCAAACUAAAUUGUUUUUCUGCCUCUGGUGAUGAAGAAAAAGGGAAGCAGAGUUUUGCCAUUGCAGAUAGGAAGGAUAGUGGUGCUUAGAUAUAGUAAGCCCUUUGGGACUCUCAGUUUUUAAAGAAAAACUGCCCCACAGCCACUUUUGAGUGGUGUGGGGAUGGGGCGAGGCAAGUGGGGAGCCUACCUGGGACUCCUUGCAGCAUCCGUGGGCUGGAUCCAGCCCAUGAGCUGUAUUUUGUCCAUGCCUGCUGUAGAAUCCUUUUCUGUAGUUCCAUAAAGUCUUUGUUUGUAGCAUGCUUCAACUCUAGUCUGUUUCACUUGGGCUAGUUUCAAGAUUUAGUGUCCCGUAUCUUCUCUCACUAUCUUUUAUCCCCCGUUUCCUGUGCCUCCCAAGUUCAUAACACUGGGAAAUGAGCAUUAUCUUUGUGAUGAAAUCUGUAAGGCAAUUAGUCAACUAUGCACUGCUUAUUUCUGGCUGCUGGACUAUCUUAUUUUUAAUGUUUUGUUUAUUGUGCAUUUGGGUGGUGAGAUUGACCUGAUGAACCUGUUGUACUGUUUGAGAACAAGAUAGAAGGGUGGUUGUCAGUACAUCAAAUUUAACUGUAUUUUUAAAAAGUCUAAAUCUGCAUUUUACAUCACAAAAAUCCAUUGUCUAUAGAGCAUUUUAAUGUAUACUUUCUUUAAUACAAUAUGUACUAGAAAUGGCUCAGCUUGCUGAAUUGUUGAACUUACGGUGUACAUUUAAUUAACAUGAGCUCAGUAUCUAUUAAAUAUCAGUCUUCAAAA